GAUUCCCCGUGUUUCCGGGUUGCGGUGCUGGUUCGAUGGCGGAGACUCCAGCCGUGCACCUGCGGGUGUCGGAGAUCCGGGACCCGGCGGUCCUGUUCGAGCGGCACGACACGGAGCAGAUCCGCGGGGUGGAGCGGCGGGUGCGGGCGGAGAUCGAGCAGAAGAAGGAGGAGCUGCGGCAGAUGGUGGGGGAGCGGUACCGGGACCUGAUCGACGCGGCUGACACCAUUGGGGAGAUGCGCCAGUGCUCCGGGAGUGUGGUCCGCUCCGUGACGGACAUGCAGCACUACUGCCUGCUGCUGAAGCAGGGCCGGGCCGGGGGGGGAGGCCCGGUGGAGGUCCAGAGGCCGUGGCAGCAGAAGUUCUACACCAUGGCCUCUCAGAUCAAGCUGCUCCUGGAGAUCCCCGAGCGGAUCUGGAGCUCCAUGGAGGCGAGCCAGUACCUGCAGGCCACGCAGCUGUACCUGCUGUGCUGCCACCUGCACGGCCUGCUGCAGCUGGAGGCCUCGUCCGCAGGCCUGUGCAGCCCCGUCCUGGCCCGCUUCCCCAUCCUGGUGCGGCAGGUGGCCACCACCGGACACUUCAGGUCCACCAUCCUGCUGGAGAGCAGGUCUCUGCUCCGGGGCCGGGCCGUGUCGGACCAGGCCAUCGCCGAGGCCAUGGUGUCCACCAUGCUGCUGGAGGACAGCUCGCCCCGCCAGGCCCUGGCCGACUUCCUGCUGGCCCGGAAGGCUUCCAUCCACCAGCUGCUGAACCAGCCGCAGCACGGUGCCGGGAUCAAGGCGCAGGUGUGCAGCCUGGUGGAGCUGCUGGUCACCACUCUGUUCCAGGCCUAUGCAGUGUUCUACGUGGCCCCUGAGGGGGCCCCCCGGCCGGGGGGGCCCGGGGACGGCUCCCUGAGCUGCGGUCUGCUCUUCACCAUCCUGGAGAACGUCACCUCCACCACCGCCGGUAAAGGCAGGAAGGUGCUGCAGGAGGAGUCAGGUGCAGGCAGCUGGUUCAGGUGUCUGCCUCCAUCCGUCACAGAGUUCCAGCCCCGCCUCCGCACGCUGGCUCAGCCAAUCCAGAGGGAGCAGCUCCGGGACACGCUCCAGCAGUGGAUUCACACCUGUAAGGAGGACAUCUGCGGCGGCGUGGGCAGCCUGCUGGUCUACGUGAAGAGCCUGAAGGGGCUGGCGUCCAUCAGAGACGCCGUGUGGGACCUGCUGUCCUCCGACUCCAUCAGCCAGCACUGGAGCUCCGUGUGCCAGCGGCUGCUGGAGCGCCCCCUGCCGGUGUGGGAGGACUUCCUGCAGCAGCUCUUCCUGCAGCGCCUGCAGGCCAUCACCAAAGAGGAAACUGAAGCCAUUGCAGCGAGCUCCGUGCUGCUGCUCACGUCAGCGGUGGAGGAGCUGGAGAGCGAGCCCCCCGGGUCUGGGUCUGGGUCUGGGUCUGGGUCCGGCCCCGGCUCCGGCCCCGCCGGGGCCCAGUACGAGGGCGACGUGGCGGCCUUCCUGUGGUCGGAGGCCCCGGGCGACCUGCCCAGCGACGCGGCCUGGGUGAGCGUGAACCAGCGGGGCCAGCAGCGGGGGCCCGGGGGCAGCGGCCUGGCCAUGAAGACCCAGGCCCUCACGCCCGCCGUGCAGAACUUCUGCUCCUCCCUGGACGCAAAGCUGCAGAGCCGGCUGGAGGACCUGCAGUUCUACCUCCCCCCCCAGGACCAGGGACCGCCCCCCCUCUCCGCUCCAUCCUCCUCCCCAUCCUCCUCCUCCUUCGACCGCUUCACGGACUCCCCGGCGGUGGAGGAGUCUCUGCGGCGCGGCUGCUCGGCCUGCGUCCGCCGCCUGCUCUCCUCCGUCCGCUCCAGGCUGGCGGCCGCCCCGCCGGACGCAGCGCCGGCCCGGCUCACCGCCGUCCUGUUCAUGGCCCGGCUGUGCCAGUCCACGGGGGAGCUCUGCCCCAACCUGAAGCACUGCAUCCUGGGGAAACACGGCGGCCCCGACGCCGCAGCUAAAGGGACCCCGAGGCCGGGGAAGAAGCUGGGCAAGCAGAGGGGCAGCGUGGCCGAGGUCAGCGCCCCGCAGGCCGAGUGGGCGGCGCUGAAGGACGAGCUGCUGACCUGCAGCAUGGAGGCGUAUCGGAUCUGGAGCUCCGCCCUGGCCAAGGUGAUGCUGCAGAGCUUUGGCGAGGCUCUGCACGCCCAGUCCGCCGGAGCCAUCCUCACCACCGUCACCAACUGGGAGGACCUGGAGAUCCAGGAGGAGACGGAGUCGGGGACCAGCGUCACGUCCAAGAUCCGUCUUCCAGUGCAGCCGUCCUGCUUCGUGCAGUCCCUGCUGUUCCAGCUGUGCGUGGAGGUGAACAGGGUGGGGGGCCACGCCCUGCCCCCCCCCACCCUGCAGGAGCUGCUGCACACCUGCCUGGACCAGGCCCUGCAGCUCUACCAGCGCCUGUCUGAGCAGGACCGGACCCGGGAGGGUGUGUUCCCCGUCACGCAGACCCGAGCCCUGCAGCUGCUGUUCGACCUGCGGUACCUGAACGCCACGCUGAGCAGCCGGCUGGACGAGGGCCGGGGCUCCCGCUGCAGUCAGGACCCCAGGUUCCAUACGAUCUGCGACUGGUUGGAAACGUUCAUCGACCCGUUUGACCUGGACGUGUUCACACCGUCCCUGAACGCCAACCUGAACCGGCUGUCCCAGAGGACCUCGGUGCUGCUGGGGCUGCUGAUCGGCUCAGAGAAGCAGCUGGUCUCUCGGAGCAGCUCCGUCAACUCCCAGGAGCCGUCCAACAUCCUCCCUCUGGCCAGCAGUCAGAUCAGGUUUGGGUUGUUGCCUCUCAGCAUGUCAAAUUCACGGAAAUCCAAGUCUUCUUCCAGAGGAUCGGACGCUCCCCAAAAGCUGGCUCCCCGGUCCUCCACAUCAGGGAACGACGGCAGCUUCCGGCCCGGCAGCCUCUUCAGGCAGCUGGCUGAGCAGGACGAGGAGGCGGCGGCGGCUCCUUCUCUCUUCAAACUGAGCUGGCUGUCUGGCAUGGCCAAAUAACCCUGUAGUGCUUUUUACCAACCUUUGCAGAUACUUUAUAAAAACACUGUAUAGUAAAUCUAAUUUUUCCUUUA